CAAGAGAUGGUGAGAUUAGUGAAAAAUCAAGUGGAAAAUCCCUUGUUUUCAGUAUCUGUUAAGAUAAGGAUUCAUGAUGAUCUAAGAAGAACCAUAGACUUGUGUCAGAAAGCUGAAGCAGCUGGAGUAUCCUGGAUAACUGUCCAUGGGAGAAAUGUAGAGGAAAGACACCAGCCAGUACACUACGAUGCAAUUAAAAUAAUUAAACAAAGUAUUUCUAUACCAGUGGUAGCUAAUGGUGACAUGAAAUCUUUAAAAGACGUGGAAGAUGUUCAUCAAAUAACAGGAACAGAUGGUGUCAUGGUUGCUAGAGGGAUUUUAGCCAACCCAGCUAUGUUUGCAGGAUAUGAAGAAACACCUCUGCAGUGUGUUAAAGACUGGGCUGAUAUUGCUCUUGAACAUGGAACUCCUUUUACUUGCUUUCAUCACCAUCUCAUGUACAUGUUAGAAAGGAUUACUUCAAAACAAGAAAAGAAAAUUUUUAAUGUUUUAUCAAGUACAUCUGCGGUUUUAGACUACCUUAGGGAUAACUAUGGCGUGUAGUAAUUUUCUAAUUAUUGCAAUCAUGUCAAAGCUGCACUAUUAUAGUGCAAAGUGAUUUGUAAAUGUAGUAUAUGUAUAUUUGCAAUAUGUAUAUUUUUCUACUAAUUAUCUGGAACAUAUGUAUUUACAAUGUUUCAAUACAAUCAUAAUGGUAACAUUGUUGAAAUGUUGUAUUGUCCAACAGCUGCAUUCAGGUAUCACAUGAACUUUGAUUCCAAACUUCAAGUGGGCUUGCCUCACACUUUACUCCAUGCCACUAACUUUUGUUAGCAAAUUUUUCAGAUCUUUACUUAGCAAGAAAUUAUCAUUCAUUCUCUAAGAUAUUUUAAAGGUCAAUUGAAAUAAAAUAUAAUCUAUGCUUACAUAUUACAAAAAUCAGUAAGAAAGGCUGGAAAUAGAUUAUUUUCUCUAUUUCACUGGAAUUCCAGUUGUCUAAACGUUAACUAAAUGCCUUCCUAAAUAUUCCAUUAUCCUGAAAUUUAAAAGAUUGAAUAUUUAGAUUUUCAGGUGGCAUUAUAGUUAAAUUUAUCUUUUAACUAUUUUAAGUAUCUAGAAGAUUUCAGCUUCUAUCAACAGAUCUUUUAAGUUGAUUACUUCAGUAUUCAGUGCUGCUUUCUGAACACUUGUAGCUCAUGCUUCUCUCUCCUUCCUUCCCAAUCUUUAACAAAAUUAGAAUGGCUCUGUUUUAGAAAGUACUAAAACAAUCCUGUUCCAUGCAUUCUUACGUUGCUUUCAGACAUUACUUUGGUCGGGUUUGUGUGUGUAUGUGCCUUCAAGACUUAUGGCAAACCCAUGAAUUCCAUAGUGUUUUCUUAGGCAAGGAAUAU